UCAUUCAUUCAUUAUAUAAGUGUAAGGACCAUGCUCAUACAUUUCAAAUUCACAAUCCGUUACUCUCAAUUCUGUUGCCCAUUCCCUAGUUUAGCAACAAAAAGGGUUUGCUUUCGGUGUCUCUUACCUUGAAAAUGUCUGCUGCUGUGUCUUCCACAACUUCUCGUUUUGUGGAAGAGCUCAAAAACAAACCAACCGACAACGACAACAGCAGCAACGUUGUUGGUGGCGAACCAGAGCAGCCCCCGUACAGUGAUAGUGCCAACUCUGAUGUUGCAGAAGAGACUGAGCCAGAGGAAGAUGAUGAUGAUUCCAAGUUGGAAUCUGACAGAGAACUGGAUAUUGGUCCCCAAAUCACCCUCAAGGAACAGCUUGAGAAAGAUAAAGAUGACGAGAGUUUGAGAAAAUGGAAGGAGCAACUUCUGGGCAGUGUUGAUAUGUCUUUCGUUGGAGCAACUAAAGACCCUGAUGUGAAGAUUUUGAGCCUCACUAUUACAAGCCCAGACAGGCCUGAUCUCGUCCUGCCAAUUCCAUUUACAAAUGAUCCUAAGAAAAGCCUCUUCAUCCUCAAGGAAGGAAGCAAGUGCGCCAUGAAAUUCACCUUCUCUGUCUCCAACAACAUCGUUUCUGGUCUCAAAUACACGAAUGUUAUUUGGAAAACUGGCGUUAGAGUGGCCAGCAGAAAAAAGAUGUUGGGAACUUUUAGUCCCCAGAAGGAACCGUAUACGUAUGCAUUGGAAGAAGAAAGCACCCCUUGCGGCAUGUUCGUCAGGGGAACCUAUGCAGCAAGAACCAAGUUUGUAGAUGACGAUCAAAAAUGCUACUUGGACGUCAAUUACUACUUCGAAAUUCAGAAGAAUUGGAUAAAACCUGAAUGAGAUUUGACCUUAAGCAACUUGGAAAAUUAUCUUUCCUUUGGCCUUUUGUGUGUCUCUUUGGAACAUAUUGGAAUCCAACUUGUUUUAGUUGUUAAUCAAAUGCAGUUGGCACAAUUGUAAACGUGCGUGCCGAAUGCUUAUGUUAUCACUUCCAUCCUUUUCCUUUUUCUAAUGCCAAGAUGUGACAAAUAAAAUCACUCUUAAUUUUUACUGU